GGAGGGAAGGCGAAGGGGGCGUCUCCCAGGAGGAACUCCAGCGCGGGUGGGCGGGCCCGGGAGGCGGUCUUGCAGCCCUUGCUUUAGAGCGCAGGUGGCUCCGGCUGGGAGCUCCAUUCGCCUGCGGUGGCGCUUCUUCGGCUCGGCACGCCGCCGCCGCCGCCGAGACGGCAGAGAAGCGGGAGCCGCCGGGCUGCAUCGUGGUUGCCCCCACGCGGGCGUCCCUGACCCGCAGCGUCCCGCCUGGAUCUCAGCGGUGACUCCUCGGGGACGCAUCCCCCGGCCGCGGAGCCGACGGAAGCUCGCGGGCUGCCUGCUACCGCCAAGGAGGACGCGGCUGCACACCAAGAGCGGCGUGCGGGGGCCGGUCUCCUCCGUCUCCCUGCGACGGGCACCUUAGCGUGGCCGGCCGGUUCCGUGGCGCGCAGACCUGCCUGGCGUCCUGCGGACAAACUUCGCUCCGAGGGGAGGAAAGCCGAUCGGGCCGAGGAGGACGCGCGCCAGCUCUCCUGAGGCGCGCACACACGGCUGCAUGGCUCGGCUGGGCCCAAUCCGAGCCUGUUCUCUGCCCUGGACUACCCCGAAAGGACUUUUGGACCCCGCAGCCUGUAGAGUUUAAAAACAAACUUUUCCUGUUGGCCAAUUCGAGGCGGAGGCGGCGGCGGCUCCAGAUCUUCUUGCUCCUGUCCCUGCGCGGAACUGCCAAGAAGAGGGAGAGAGGCUGAUUGACAUGGGAGAGAGUCGCCUCCAAGCUGGUUUGUUAUGGAGUUUGUCUUUUUUUGUUUUGUCGGGUUUUAUCCCCCUUAAAACACCUGCCCGGAGAGUUUCUAAGGAACACUCAGUCGGUAUAAGGACUUGGGGUUCCUAAGAGAGGGAGAUGAGACUCGAGGGGGUGGGGUGGGGGGGAUCCAAUCAUGUGUGCCUUGAGAGUUACCCUGGGAGACCCUGCCUGUGACCGGCAACAUCCUCUUUCUUGGGAGCAGUCAUCGCAAUCCUAGUUUUAACCUCCCCGCAUCAGCCUGAAUAAUUCCACCUUGCUCUUGGGGCUCUUGUUUGGCUGGCUAGUAGUGCUGCUUGCCAUGGCUGGGUUCAGCCCUAGCCUGAGAGACACUUUGUUGAGCCUUUUGCUCUUCCUGCUGGAGGCUCCCGUCCCCGCGCCCGCUGCAUCCAAAGCCAUCGUGUGCCAAGAGAUCACCGUGCCCAUGUGCAAGGGCAUUGGCUACAAUUUCACUUACAUGCCUAACCAGUUCAACCACGACACGCAAGACGAAGCUGGGCUGGAGGUGCACCAGUUCUGGCCGCUGGUCGAGAUCCAGUGCUCUCUGGACCUGAAGUUUUUCCUCUGCAGCAUGUACACCCCCAUCUGCUUACUGGACUAUGCCAAGCCUCUGCCGCCCUGCCGGUCAGUGUGCGAGAGGGCCAAGGCUGGCUGCUCUCCUCUGAUGAGGCAAUACGGUUUUGCUUGGCCGGAGAGGAUGAACUGCGACAAGCUGCCGGUCCUGGGAGAUGCCGAGUUGCUGUGCAUGGAUUAUAACCGGACGGAGACCACCACGUUGCCCCCCUUUUUUACAAAACCUACUCGUCCCUCCAAAGGUACCCACAAAAACCUCACUCCACUAAAUGGUCAGCAUCCUCCUGGUGGGGACUGUAAGCGGGCAUGUGAAUGCAAAGAGCCUCUGGUCUUAAUCUCCAAAGAAACCCACCCUCUCUACAACAAGAUUGAGACAGGUCACGUCCGCAACUGUGCCAUCCCCUGCUUUCAGCCCUAUUUCACCCAAGAUGAGAAGACGUUUGCCACCUUCUGGAUAGGCUUGUGGUCAGUCCUCUGUUUCAUCUCCACCUUCACCACGGUGGCCACGUUCCUGAUUGACAUGGAGAGGUUCAAGUACCCAGAGCGUCCCAUCAUUUUCUUGUCCUCCUGCUAUCUCUUUGUGUCCAUUGGCUACAUCAUCCGGCUUGUUGUGGGCCAUGCCAGUGUAGCCUGCAACAAAGAUUACAACCACAUACACUACGAGACCACAGGGCCUGCACUCUGCACCGUGGUCUUCCUCCUGAUCUACUUCUUUGGCAUGGCCAGCUCCAUCUGGUGGGUCAUCUUGUCUCUCACCUGGUUCCUGGCCGCUGGGAUGAAAUGGGGGAAUGAGGCCAUUGCUAGCUACUCUCAGUAUUUUCACAUGGCGGCCUGGCUUAUUCCGAGCGUCAAGUCCAUAGCUGUGCUAGCCCUGAGCUCAGUGGAUGGGGACCCGGUGGCUGGCAUCUGCUACGUGGGAAAUCAGAACCUGGACAAGCUCCGGGGUUUUGUGUUGGCUCCCUUAGUGGUGUACCUCUUCACUGGGACCAUGUUUCUGCUAGCAGGUUUUGUGUCCCUCUUCAGGAUCCGGAGCGUUAUUAAACAAGGGGGCACAAAAACGGACAAGCUGGAGAAGCUGAUGAUCCGGAUAGGUAUCUUCACUGUCCUUUACACUGUUCCGGCCACCAUAGUGGUGGCUUGCUACAUCUAUGAACAGCACUACAGGGAGAGGUGGGAGAUUGCUCAGAACUGCUCUUGCCCUGGCGACAAGCACAAGCUGAAGCCUGACUAUGCGGUCUUCAUGUUGAAGUAUUUCAUGUGCCUGGUGGUGGGUAUUACCUCUGGGGUCUGGAUUUGGUCUGGCAAGACUCUUGAGUCUUGGAGGCGGUUCACAGGUCGAUGUUGCAGGAGUGGGAAGCCCAUCAGCACUGCCAUGUAUAGUGAAGCUAACACCGCACUGACAGCAAGGACUGCGGUGCCCAGUUCGGCUUCUUACCACAAACAAGUCCCACUGUCCCAUGUAUGAAAACGCACCUUGUUUGGUCACAGUUGGGAGCAGGUAAGCAUGGCAUGACUACGCUCCCAGCUGGAAAAGGUUUGGAAAGGACCCUGGAGCGCUCUCGCUCUCUCCGCCCUGAGACUAUUUGCUUCACCUCCCAUUUUGAAAAGAGGGGUGUGUGUGUGUGUGUGCAUGUGUCGUGGCGGGGGCAGGGGGAUCACGUUGUCCAUGUCGUAUGAUUGCAGGGUUUAUUAAAGCCCUACUCAGACAUAAUGUUAAAUGCAUGUACAAUCUGUGUACAUUGUAUGCACAUUCAGAUCUGUAUACACAUACAGUUAUUCCGCUAUAUUCUGUGUACAGAGAGUAGUACACUUUCUGUCAGCAUUUGAGGUGUCCUGUGUUCAAGUUCACUUUUAAAAUAGACACAUAUACAGUCAUUGAUACAAAAACAUCUAUGUGCCCACAGAUGUCUGUACAAAUAAUGUCUGAAUAAGACUAAAGAGGAGCACACCCUUGUUGACGAUAUCAUCUCUCCUUGCAAAAAGUGUACAAGGAAUAUAUUGGGGCCAAACUGUACAUCUUAACACAAAUUGUGUACAUCUUGUCCAAACAGUCUCUCUCCCUCGUUCUCUUUUUAAUGGAGAGCUGCCAUGGAAGCAGCAAUUGUGAGCAGAAGAAUUUGACAGGGAGAGCGCCUUCUUAAAUGCUUUACCUUCCUUUACCUGCUUAUCCACUCAAAAUCCGACCCCCCCCGUACCUUUACCCACUUGGCAUGGAUGAUUUUGAGCAAACCAAUAGCAGGAAGCCAACUGGUGAAGCCAGCCUUCUUCUCCAUUCCUUUGCUCUGUGUUGGCAGCUGUUUCUUUUGGGGGAGAUGGACCUGUGCCUCCACUCUGAUACGGAGUUUGGCCCUUAGGGUGCAUUUACUGCUUAAUUUGAGACAUGGUUGCUUAGGGUCCAUUCCACUAAGAUGAACUGGGAUACGAUGGGCAGGCAAAUGUGUUUGUCUGGUUUCUAGUAGCAGAAUUGGUAUCUUUGUAAUGCUGACCUGUCUCAGUAGUGCACAUGCUACUGAAGAGAAAAUAUAUAGACAACCUGUUGGAAGGGAGGAUCUACUUGUAGGUUGUGGAGUUAAACAGAGUCCAGUUUCAGGUUUUAUUUUUGGAUGGAGCAAGAUGACCAUCAUCAGUUUCUUCACACCUCUUGCCCAAUUGAAUGGCAGGCAGCCACUUAAAGCCAUUGGUGUGAGUAUUAAUUUCUCUUAUACAGCUGCAAAGAUGAGUUUCAAAUGAAAGGAGGGAGGGCAGCAUUUAAAUAUUGAUAGUGAUGCUUGCAAGAAGUCCUUGUUAAAGCCAGAAACAGCACCUCAGCUUCACACAUGUAUACGUUCUCUCUCUCUGCACCUGUGGAAAAGUGCAUUGUUUUAGUGUUCACAAUCUAAUGCCUGAAAGCUUCUUUUAAACAUACUCAAUCAAAAAUGAUUAUUUUAAAGGUUACUCACUCCUAUCCUUGGAGAUUUGGCCCAAAACAGAAGAUGAGGGAAUGAAAACCUGUUAUUUGUUUUAUGAGUUAAUUGUCACUAAUUAACUCUUGUGAAACAAAAACAGAUUUUCAGAGUUCAUUUGAGUGCCAAUUGCUUUUUGAGGUAAGGAACCCAUCUAACAACUGGCAUGGGAUAAGCAAAUUGCUUUAUAUUUUGGCAUGACGGAAGCCUGAACCUAUGCAAACUUUUUCAGAAGCAUGUCUCACUGACUGCAGUGGGGAUUACUCUCAAGUAAAUGUGUGUAGGAUUGCUACUUUGAAGGUUCUGUACACACACUUGAAAAGACACAACUUUCCCUCCCCACAAGCCUGUUUUUUUGUCUGCCCUCUACCAUUUUCUGGCAAGAUGGUUUUAAUGUUUUGACUAUUGGUAUUUUUAAAUGGGAGCAAUAUUGCCCAUAGUUGGCCUGGUCUAUGUGAGCAUAGAUCUUUAAGGUGUGUGUUUAUGUCUUCUCUCUAAAAAAUAAGGUAAAACUCUGACCCUAGUUCAGCCCCCUAAGGUUGGAUUAGUUGUGCCAAAAACUAUAGGCAAUGACAAUCAAUACCCAACACUUUACAGAAAGGGUUCAGCACAUCCCUGACAUUGAAACCCAAGCUGCAGAUGUCUUCUGAAGGAAGCUUUUUAACCCCUCUUAAACUGGUACACCUCCCCACUAACAUAAAAUAGUGGAUUUGGCAAUGGAUCAGCAGUUUCGAGGGUCACUCCUACCUAUUCCAAUAUUAAAUGUUUGCACUUUAAUGAUAAAUGAAAAAAAAAUCAACAUAAGAUUAUUUUAUAGAAUGGUGAGAUCACUUUGCAAAGAGAAUGGCAAGUUUUGUCUCUAACGGAACACUCUUGGAGAGAAGAGAACCUCGCCUCUUUGCAUUUAGUCUGAGGGAAGAAAGCAGAUCCACCCACCCACUUAACUAGGACUUUGAGGUUACUUUCUGCCAGCUGCUUCAGCACUGAUUCUCCCUGCAGGAGGGCACCACUAUGAUGCAGCAAAAACAGUGUCGCUUUUCCUUUAGAGGGGCUGGUUCACAUGUGCAUACUUGACCUACAUAUGUGAAUAGAUCAAAUGCCACAGAGCUUUCAUGUCUCUCCCUCUCACCCUCGAGACAAGGCUUCUCAGUGAAGAUGGUUUCCAUUUAUUUCAGUAGGGAAGCUAAAGUUGGUUUAACGCUUUCAAUUGAAAUCAGGGGGACUAAAGUGUUUAACUUUGAAUCAAUCCCACAGUUCUUGAGAGAGAAAUACAAAUCCAGUAUCUUCCCUCCAGUUUCCAAUUCUUUUAACAAGGUAGUGGUAUUUCUGCUUUACCCAUUUGUAGCCAGCCUGCACUUUAAUAAAAAAAUAACAAUUAACAGAAUCUUAAUACCAGCACCUCACCCCCACCCACCCUGUUAGAUGGCUCCACUUGCUGCAUUGUGCUUGGGUGUCUUUCCAGCUGUACCUGGCUUGCCAUGUCUGCAAGAGCAGCACUUGUCUAAUGUAUCCAGCAUUCUGAUCUCACUUACUACAUAGAGAAAAGCAUGAAGGAACCUGGCUAGGUUCUUACAUUGCUUCAGUAGCAUGGGAGCCACAGUGGUGUAGCUUCUUUUUCUUGUGCAAUUGCAGUAAUGUGAGGAGGAGGCGGCUGCCAUACUGCUGAGAUAGUAGAAGAACUCUCAGGCUUUGUCUGACCAUCGCAGGUCUUGCAUUUGCUGGGGCUCGCUAAAAGGAGUGUGUAUUAUUUGAAAAGGUCACAGCCAGUUCCUGGAGCGGAAGGAUGCGACACUGGUCGUGUCAAAUGUUAAACAUAUACAUGAUGUAGGAGGUGGCUAAAUGGAGUCGUGAGACCAGAGGCUCACUAGGAAUUUGGUGAAAGAUGUUUCAUUCUGAACUGUAGCUGGAACCACUUUCUUCUCGAUCCCAUUUCAGAAAGAGGAAGGAGAGCUUUCCUGGCUAAGUUUCUACAGAUUGAGAGUUUUAGCGGUUUUACGGGAUGGCCCCACCCAAGCACAUCCAGCUAGAAGCAGAGAUUUUGGUGAACUUGCUUCUCACUUUAAAAAAACAACCACCAACAACCCCAAAUAUUCCUAGUAAGAAGCACAGGGCUUGAAAUGAUUAAUAUUUUGGAUGAGAUGAUGCAAAGAAAGCUGGAGUAUUAAAGACUGCCAGGAUACAGAGUGGGGUGAAGCUAGGCCCCACAUUUUCUGAGGCUGGUGUCUAACUUGGUAGGAAAUAAACUUUCACAUGGCAAGGUUUAUUUAGUGACUUUUUUUUUAAAAGGGUAGUUUGUAUCCCUUCCUCCAAGACUGACCUGAAGCAAAAACACAAACUUCACAGGUUAUUAUGCAUACUUUAUGCUAUCUAACUCCUAUUUGGCAUGCUGUGGUCUGGAUUAUGUGGGUUAACAUAUAUGUGAAUUGAGGUGACUUGAAGGAACUAUUGGAUUGGAUGGCCUUCUGGUCUCUUCCAGCCCCAUAAUUCUGGGGAUACAGUAUCCACCCCACUCCAUCAAUCCUAUCGCCCUACAGAAAUGCAACUAUAGUUGCAUUAACCAGAACAUUAGUUUAGGACCAUCUUUAAUUAAGGAAAGGGCCCAUCAUAGAGCUAAGGAAAAGGCUAGAGUGAACUUCUGGAACUGAAUCGAAAGCACCCAUUGAGCAUGAUGAUGGACACAAGGGUGUUUUGCCUGGUAUUGGCAGUUUGCAGGGUGGUGGUGGGGUGCAUAACCUCUUUCAAUACAACACUGGAAGUGCCAGGACUGCAUGGGGACUGGGAUUGCUUAGUGUCCCUCUUCACUCUUCAUGUUUUUGUAUCCAUUGCAUGCUGUGUUUCUAAGGAAGAUUUGUUAGAAAAUGCUGCUGAGCAGUAUUGACUGUAAUUACAACUAAUAAAAUAUUAUAGCUAUUUUCAUUUAAAAUAUUACUGAAUAGUUUCUCCUCUUAUUUUCUUCACAAUAUUGGUCUCAGUUAUCUGAAUGUGAACUUGAGAGGUAAAUCAACCCUUAACAGCCCUAAACAUUGAGGCCACAAUCCAACACAACAUUGGGCAUGCUGUAAUCCAUUGAAAUCAAUGGGCUGAAGUGCAGCAAAUGUAUUGGGUUGACAUUCCCAAUGUGUGGAUCAACACCUCCCGAGAACUUCAUUUAAUUAUCUUGAAUUGAUCUGGCCCUGGCUAGUACUAAUAGAUAAAGAUGGAUUUUCAGUUGUGAAGAUCAUAACAUUGAUUUAAAUAUGAGAAACUAUUCAGCAUUUCAACUAUUGAGCUGGGGCCUUGAAGAGUACAAUGCUUCAGGCUCCAGAAAUGAACAAAAUCUCUUUAAAGAGAGAGGGUGAGAAGAUCUUUUAAAAGGGAUUAAACAGCCCCUUUCUAAAUGUGGGUACUGAUCCACCUACCCUCUCCUAAGAGACAGGUAUGCCUUUUAGGAUCCGAGCAUUUUAGGAGGAGCAUCAGAGAAGAUGCUCCUCCUUAAAGAAAUCAUUACAACUGCUUUCAGAGACUCAACCAUCAUGGGAGAUCUGGAUCCUGCUGAUAUGAAAUUAACAUUUAACAAGCAUUGACACAAACCUCUUUUGGAACAAAACAAAAAUAAACACAAGCUCACAUUUUCUGGCUAAACAUGAGUACAGUAGAAAAUUCUGAUUUCACAGACCCCAAAUCAGAACAUACUUGUUUGUUUACUUUCUAAGGUUGUACCCCACAGAAUGGUGGCAUGGAGCAAACAAUAGCUCCGCUCACCACAACUUUCAGAGAACAAAGAACAAACGUCUGUUAAAGAUAUCUUAAGUAGAGGACGUAUCUUAAGUAAAGGAGUUUGUCUUGGGUCAACUGGUUGGAUACACCGGCUAACUACUCUGGUCUGCUGUGUGCUUGAGAACCCCUUCUGUGGGCUGUUCUAGGCAGGCAGCAAAAACUGGCUUAUCAAAGGCUUAUCAAAGCCCUGGUGGGCUGCCCUAUUUAGCCAAUAAGGCUGGGCUGCAAAGGGCUGGGCUGGAUGGACCAGGGCCCUGUGUCCAUUCUGAUCCAAACUGUGAAUGUGUUUGAAGUCACUCAACCUUGUGUUUUAAUAUGUCGCUUGCUUGUAGUCUGAUACAAUUAAGUUAUUACUGUAAUGAAACAAAAAGCUGUGCUUUCACCAUAAGAAAACUAAAUGGAGAAGGCAUGGUGAAAAAAAUUAAAGAGUUUGAAAAUUGAGCAGCAGCGCAUUGUGCAAUGAAUGGAAUUAUAUUCAAAAGGGCAGAAAAUGGCAAAGUACAAGUUAUUAAUUUUGACCCUUGCAGGGCUCCUUUAAUCCAGGCAUCAUCAUGUACAUUAAUAUGUUCCAAGAUGGAAUUGCACCAUGUAGUUAUAGAAUGUAAAUAGUCACAUAAAAAUAAUUAAUUUUGUAUAUACUGAAUCUCUUGUGAACAUUUGAUACGGGUUGGAAGCAGGUUGUAUUCUUGCCAACAGUGAAGCAGCUUAGGGUAUCGAUAACACAAUGGAAGCCCAGGGCAUUAAAUCACUUGACUUGAUGUUGCAUUCAUGCUUAUGUCUCGCUGCUCUUUCAAUUGUGCCUUGUAUAGAUGAAGCUUUUGAAAUACUCCUUGCAAUAUGAUUAAUAAUACCAUGCCAAAAGAGGGUUAAAAAGAGACCACUUGGUUGAUUCUGUAAAAAGCUUUAAGAGGAAAUAAACCAACUUCAAUCUGUCAUCUAA